AUGUACCAUUUCACCACCUUUACUCCUUUUAACCCUCCCUUAAUCCACCUUCAAUCCAACUAUAAUAACCAUUACAAUGAAGUUCAUUACCUUACUGAGGACGCCAGGGGGAAAGCCUUGGAUGAUAUUGAGUCCCGCCGUAUCCAACUUGGUCAGCUUGCUGGACAACUUUCUGGUUUAAUUGGCGGUGGAGAGGAAGUUAAAGAUGCAAUUGUGAAGGGUUUGCACAGUAAUGUAAAUCAGCUUAUUAAGCGUUUACAAGCAUCUUGCGGAGGUGAGGGGUGUUGUAAGGUUGAUGAGGCAAUUAAAAAGCUUAAUGAUGCCAAUGAGACACUUAAAAAUAAGCUUAAAGAUGAUCAAAAUGCCUCUAAAAAUCUUGUUAACAUCCUUUCUGAGUGCAAUUUAAAUGGUCCGAAUGGUCCCUUAAAAGAGCUUAAAACGUCAAUUACUCAAAAAAUUCAGGAGCUUAAUCAAAGAAUUGAAGAGCUUAAAAAGCAAGAUGAACAGCUUAAAAAAGAGAAUAAAUCCCCUCAAAAUGCCUCUCAAAUUGACAAGCUUUCUAAGGAUCUUCAGUCCCAUCAGGCUUCCAAGAAGUCUCUUCAGACACUGAAAGAGCUUUGUGAUUUUGCUGGGAAAAUUAAUGAAAAACAUUUUGACGACAAUAAUUGUAAAAACCUUUUAGAAAACCUCUGCACAGGCCUCGAAAAAUUUCUCGGCUACGAUAAUGGUAAUUACACCGGAGAGGGAAUUGUGUACUCCGACCUCGACAGGCUGUGCGACGGGGUGAUGGCGUUCCUUCAUGGUGUUUUAAGUAACAUUAAGCCUAAAUUAGGCUUACAUAAAGAUGAAAUUAAUAAUGCAAUUACAUCUCUUAAUCUUCAUAAACACUCUGGUAAAGAUGGUUUUAAUGCUGCGAUUGUCAAGGUGGUGGAGGGGGAAGGUGGAAAAUUAGGAUUUGGGUGA